AUGACCUCCCCACAACCUACUGAAAAGUCGGCCAGCCCUGCUCCGCCCUCCCAGAAGCAGGGAACCAUCACAUCGCUCACCCCGAGCGAUGUCGAGGCCAAUAGGUGGAUGGACGAGCGAAAGCUCAAGAAACAAAAGCCUCUCACCGAAUUCGCAAUCAAGGAGCUGGUAUGGAUGGAGAUUUUCAGGAGGGCCAAGCAGGACAGCAGGCUCUCCGGCGUCAAUGUCAAAAUCGAGACCCCCGGCUACUGGAAGAAUAGAUGGUACCAUCUUGCAAGAGAUUGGUACCAGCCUAUCGUUGAUGCCCGGAGGAAAUAUGGACACGACUUCUAUGAUGGGAUGCUCCAGCUGACCGAGAAGGAAUGGGAGGAGAGGAUCAAGGCCAAUUCCGCCUACAAGAAGUUGCGGGAAACACCAUUCCACCAUUUCGAUGCCAUGCACUACAUCCUAGAUGGCCAAUCGGCGUCUGGCGUCAAUGCUGGUCCGACAUUCCCCCGCUCGUCUGGUGAGACCCCUUCUGGCCCUUUAUCUCUCCAGCGAUCUCGCUCGUUGUCUCUUUCUCCUUCGUCCGAACCUUCUGGCCGGCGAGCAGCUCAGGACUAUGGAGCUGAGAUCGUGCUUGAGAGAAAGCGAAAGGCAACAGAACAGAAAGACGAUAGUGAAGACGAUGAUGACGGUUCUGAGGAAGAUGAGCAUGAAGAGAGUCAAGUGAAUAAGAAGGAGAAAAGGGCGAGGCGUGGGUGGCCAAGGAGGGAUAUCGAGAAGAAGGAAGAGGAAGAGGAGUUGGCCGUUGAUGCAAUGGCCAGGGCAGUCUUGGGGAUGCAGAGCUCGAUUGACAAGUACCUGUCAGAACAGAGGCAGGUCGCAAACCCUCGAAGUAGUAGACUGUCUACCAUCGCGAGCUGGUUGGAGAAGAGGGAGGACUUUGAUGAUCCAACAAAAAGGAGGAUUUUGGACAAGUGCUUGAAUGAUGAGGGCUGCGCUGAGAAAGUGAUGUUGCUGGCGAGCGGGUGCGAAGUGAAACUUCUGGAAGAAAGGAUCCUUGAGCAGAUCAGGAGUUGGUGA